AUGGACACGUCAGCUCAUAUCACUCCUAUGGACGAUGAGGCCACCAGGACCUCAGCCUCUGAAGGUCUGGAGGAAGGAGAAGUGGAAGGAGAGACUCUGUUGCUGGUAGAGUCAGAAGACCAGGCUUCUGUAGACUUGUCUCAUGAUCAAAGUGGAGAUUCUUUAAACAGUGAUGUUGGCGAUGACGUGGACCCACCAUGGAUGGAAGAAAUGCCUUUUCACUGUGACAAAUGUCAGAAAUGGAUCCCAGAAAGCCAGCUCAGAGGUGACCAACCAAGUCACCUGAAAGGAGACAAUUUCUUCAAAUUUACAUGCAGUGACUGUGCAGAAGACGGCAAAGAGCAUUUUGAGCGCUUAAGGCUGACUUGGCAGCAAGUGGUUAUGCUGGCCAUGUACAACUUGUCCCUGGAAGGAUCUGGCCGCCAGGGUUAUUUUAGAUGGAAGGAAGACAUCUGCUCAUUCAUAGAGAAACACUGGACCUUCUUGCUGGGGAGCAGAAAGAAGACUUCUACCUGGUGGAGCACUGUUGCCGGCUGUCUGUCUGUGGGAAGCCCCAUGUUCUUCCGUUCUGGAGCUCAGGAGUUUGGAGAGCCAGGAUGGUGGAAGCUAGUUCACAACAAACCUCCAGCCAUGAGACCCGAGGGUGAGAUGUAUUCUCUUACUUCUCUGCAGUUAAAAGCACCUGGCAAGUCUAACCUGGACCAAGUGAUUACAGUGGAGGGCCUACGGAAGAGAUCUAGAGGAAAUCCAGUGGAAUCGGCUAUAGAGCUCAAAGAGAAGCGAUCGCGUACACAAGAAGCAAAGGACAUCAGGAAAGCACAGAAAGAGGCCAGCAGCUUUGGUGAUCGGAGCACAUCAUCCACUCCUGUAAAGUUUUCAAGCCGGAACCGCAGACCAGAUAUUGUGUUAGAGAAAGGGGAAGUAAUAGACUUUUCAUCUAUGAGCUCUUCUGAUCGGACACCCAUGACUAGUCCAUCUCCUUCUCCAUCUUUGGAUUUUUCAGCUCCUGGAACGCCAGCAUCUCACUCUGCUACUCCCAGCCUGCUGUCAGAGGCUGAUCUAAUCCCUGAUGUCAUGCCACCCCAAGCAUUGUUUCAUGAUGAUGAAGAGAUGGAUGCUGAUGGUGUCAUUGAUCCUGGGAUUGAAUACAUUCCUUCUCCAAAUGUUAUUCAUUCUACUCCUAUUAGUCGAAAGAACUACAAGUCAUCUGUCCAUGUGAAACAAGAAAUAGAGAGCGAAGAGGAGAAAAUGGAGCGGUUAGAGAGUGAAUUGCAUGGGGGUCCGUCCAUUGAGAGAAUGCGGGACAAAAGGAGACCUCAACCAAUUGAGAGAAACAGAAGAAGAAGCACUCAGUGCCACGCUUUAAGUUUGUAUGAAGAAAAGCUGCUGCUAAAACGUCUAGAGGCAUGUCCUAAUGCUGUAGCAGUAACUCCAGAGGCCAGGAGACUCAGACAAAAACUGUUGAUGCGCAAGGCCAAGCGGGAAAGGGGUCUGCCUAUUUUAGAACUGGACCAGGCAGUGAAUGCAGCUCUGUCACUUGUUGGAGGAGUAUAUGGCGCUAGAGAAAGCUCUGUUUCUAGGGCAUUACUCCCUGGUGCAGAGUACACCCGAACAAACAAAGACAUGAGAAUACUGGAUAGGUACCAAUGUGCUGUGCCAGUCAGAAGAGAAUUACAAUAUUCCUCGGCAAGUUUUUUGUGUCGUCUUGGUGUAGCUGAAGACAAACUGGCGGAUCUUAGCAUAGUGAGUCCCUACACUGCUCGGGUUCUGAAGCCUUAUAUAAGGCGUGACUAUGAGACCAGACCCUACAGGCUGCAGCUGUUGUCUGAGAUCCGAGCACAGUCCCAUAGAAAUGAUCCUGACUGGGUACCAGAGCCUGAAUCUCCCAUAGACUAUUGCUAUGUCCGUCCUGGUCACAUUCCCAGCAUCAAUUCCAUAUGUCAGCAAUUUUUCUGGCCAGGCAUUGAUGUCUCUGAAUGUCUCCAGUAUCCAGAUUUCAGUGUGGUGGUUCUGUACAAGAAGGUCAUUGUUGCCUUUGGCUUUAUGGUGCCUGAUGUGAAGUAUAAUGAGGCAUACAUUUCAUUUCUCUUUGUCCAUCCAGAGUGGAGGCGAUCUGGAAUUGCCACAUUUAUGAUUUACCAUCUCAUUCAGACCUGUAUGGGGAAGGACGUUACUCUACACGUGUCUGCAAACAAUCCAGCAAUGUUGCUUUACCAGAAGUUUGGAUUCAAGACAGAAGAGUACAUCCUUGAUUUCUAUGACAAGUACUACCCUGUAGACAGCAAAGAGUGCAAAACAUGCCUUCUUCCUGCGCCUGCGGAGGUGAUGACACACGGAUUUAGUUUUGUUGACACCAUUGUGAACUUUUUUUUUCUUUUUUAA